AAUAGAGAAACCAAGGCUAAAGAUGAGAGGAGGGCUGGACGUAGUUUUGGUGGAUUUGAUUCGGCUAGUAGGGUUAAUAGGGAAGCAAGGAAAGGGGAUUUUAGUAUCUUCAAGCAUAUUUUUAUGCAAGGGUUACUAUUCAUUCUGAAAAAUAAAAGACCUCUCUAUUGUCUCUGUUUUGUUUUGCAGGAUUAUGAGGACAUUCUCCUUCCCAGAGAUAAGAAAUGCCCUUUUCUCCUCCGAUUACCAAUCGGUAGCUUUGGUAUUCAUUAUAGAGGGUGGUUGAAAUUGUAG